UUAAACACACUGAGCCCUGCUGCAGUCUCCGGUUUGGCCUCAGAACUGACAACGCCUGCCGAAGUCGAGGGGCCGCAGCGGCAUAUUGAAUAAAGUCACAUUGUCAGUUCACGGGACAUCAGGGACAUAAACAGUCCUUGCCUGCUGAGAGCUCACUUGAACUUUGGUGAAAGGAGCCUUUAGAAGACACAGUCAUUUAAACAACAAAACCUAAAGAUGAGUGAAGACAGCUUGUGUAAGAAGUUUGUGUCAAUGAUCUCCAGGAAAGGAAGAUCUGAUAAAGACAUUGCUGCUCUGUCUGGUUUAACACAAAAGUUUCCUAAAGUAAUAAAAACCUUCUCUCAUGAGGAUCUCCUCAAGAUCACUGACUUCUACAAGCCCCACCUGACUUAUGUGAUUGAAUACGACAUCACGAGUAUCCUGCAGAACCUGGUCACCAAGAACAUCCUCACCAAUGAUGAGGCCAAGAGAUUCAAAGCCAAAGAAAAGUCUGAGGGGCGAGCAGGUGUGGAGUCCUUCAUCAGUGACAUAAUGAAGAUGGACAGUGUGGUACUGGUGAGCCUGUGGGAGGCGCUGGCUGAAGAACUUGUGAGAUUUCCAUCACCAAACAUGACAAGAAUACUAGAGGAGGUUACAGAGGGCGGACCAGACUUCUUGAAGGCCAUUCAAGCCAGUCUCCAGCCCAUUCCCAUUGAUGCUCCUAUUAAAGGCCUCCAUGAGACACACAGAGGUGGUGUUUCUGAAUCCACUAGAACUCUGGAGGAUCAGGCUUCACCUGGAGAUCCACGCACCAGAGCUGUGGGCUUUGAGACUAGAUACACAGAGCUGAUGGUCAUUGGUCAGUACAAAAGAACCUACAAUGAGAGACUCCAUGAACUUGAGAAGAUGGGGAAGACUCAUGCAGAGCUAAUAGAGGAGCGGACCAAAGAGAAAUGUGAGAGAAUCUGGACUGAGCAGCUUUUUAGGAGGAGUCCUGGAAGUGAGACAGACCCUCACAUUGUAGUGGUCAGUGGGGUGGCUGGAAUUGGGAAGACCACCAUGGUCCAGAAGAUCAUGUUUGACUGGGCCAGAGGCACUCAGUAUCAGAGAUUUGCUUUUGUGUUCCUGUUUAAAUUCAGGGAGCUCAACCUACUAGACACAGAGACAGAACCACAGAUGUCUCUGACCAGGCUCAUUGUAAGGCACUAUAAAUAUCUCAAUGAUACGAAACUGAGAGAAAUCCUGAAGAAACCCGAAUCUCUCCUCUUUAUAUUUGAUGGACUGGAUGAGUACAAACACAAACUGGACUUUACACAGCAGUGGUUCUGCUCAAACCGAGAUGACUACUUUCCUGUCCAAACCCUGGUCACCAACCUGGUCAGAAGGACAUUACUGAAUGGCUGCACAGUCCUGAUAACAACCAGACCAACAGCUCUGGAGACCCUGGACACUAAGAGAGUUGAUCGAUUUGCAGAGAUCCUGGGUUUCUUCCCUGAGCAAAGGCUGAUGUACUUUAAGAAGUUCUUUGGUGACACUGAUCAGGGCUGUGAGGCUUUUCAGUAUGUGGAGGAGAACGCCAUCCUGUACACCAUGUGCUUCAACCCCUCGUACUGCUGGAUUAUCUGCUCUGUGCUGAAGAGCCACUUCAUGACACCAGAAGAAGAGCGACGAGAUGUCCCCAGAACUGUCACUGAGCUCUUUGUGAUGUUCCUUCACAACAUCCUCACCAAUCACAAGAGAGAAGCUGAGGACCAGCGGGGGAUUCUGGUCAAACUAGGAAAGAUGGCUUAUUAUGGAGUGGCCAAUAGAAAUCUUGUAUUUUAUGACAAGUUUGAGAUGUCCACCUUUGGUCUCCGGACAGUUCUGUCCUCUCCUUUCCUCUCAGGGUUCCUCAAAGAAAUCCUUCAGAGAGAAAGCACUCUGGAGCACACGACGUACACAUUCUACCACCUCACCCUGCAGGAGUUCAUGGCUGCCUGCUCCUUCUACCUCGAUCGAUCAGGGGGUGUGGAGGAGCUGCUUGAGAAGUUGGACUCAUGUAAAGAUGGCCGGUUUGAGAUUCUCACUCGAUUUUUAGCAGGACUGGCCAGAUAUUCUGUAUUUAAAACACUGGGGGGAGUCCUGGGGGAGUUUGAGAUGAAGACAGCAAAGCGAAUACUGGAGUGGGUGAAGAAGAAAGCUGAACAGGUGCUACAGGGACGAGAUAAAAGUGAAGUUCUGCGAGUGUGUCAGUGGCUCUAUGAGACUCAGAAUAAGAGAUUAAUCAGAGAUGCCAUUGGGAAGGAUUUAAAGAUAGAGUUUAAAAGAACGACUUUAUCUCCUCUGGAUUGUGCUGUGCUGGGCUCUGUCAUCAGCUGCUGUGGAGAACUUGAGGAGCUCAACCUGUCAGACACAAAGCUCACCUCAGAGUGCAUCAUGAGACUGGCGCCGGGGCUCAUCUGCUGCAGACGUGUCGACCUGUCUCGUUGUGGUCUCACCUCCAGAUGUUGCUCAGCUCUCUCCUCAGCUCUUUCUGCUCCACACUCACGACUGACUGAACUGAACCUGAGCAACAACAACAACAUCGAGGAUUCAGGAGUGAAUCAGCUGUGUGAGGGGCUGAGGAGUGAAAACUGCAAAUUAGAGAAACUGGACCUACAUAAUUGUCUCAUCUCCAGUUUCUGCUCAGCUUUCUCCUCAGUCCUUUCAUCUCCAAACUCACGACUGACUGAACUGAACCUGAGCAGCAACAACAUGGAGGAUUCAGGAGUGGAUCAGCUGUGUGAGGGGCUGAAGAGUGAAAACUGCAAAUUAGAGAAACUGAACCUGUCUUAUUGUCAUCUCACCUCCAGAUGUUGCACAGCUCUCUCCUCAGCUCUUUCUUUUCCACACUCACGACUGACUGAAUUGAACCUGAGCUACAAUAAAAUGGAGGAUUCAGGAGUGGAUCAGCUGUUUGAGGGGUUGAGGAGUGAAAACUGCAAAUUAGAGAAACUGAACCUGUCUUAUUGUGAUCUCACCUCCAGAUGUUCCUCAGCUCUCUCCUCAGCUCUUUCUGCUCCACACUCACGACUGACUGAACUGAACCUGAGCGACAACAACAUGGAGGAUUCAGGAGUGAAUCAGCUGUGUGAGGGGCUGAGGAGUGAAAACUGCAAAUUACAGAAACUGAACCUGUCUUGGUGUCAUCUCACCUCCAGAUGUUGCUCAGCUCUCUCCUCAGCUCUUUCUGCUCCACACUCACGACUAACAGAACUGAACCUGAGAUGCAACUACAACAUGGUGGAUUCAGAACUGGAUCAGCUGUGUGAGGGGCUGAGGAAUGAAAACUGCAAAUUAGAGAAACUGAACCUCAGGUACUGUUAUCUCACCUCCAGAUGUUGCUCAGCUCUCUCCUCAGCUCUUUCUGCUCCACACUCACGACUGACUGAACUGAACCUGAGUGACAACAACAUGGAGGAUUCAGGAGUGGAUCAGCUCUGUGAGGGGCUGAGGAGUGAAAACUGCAAAUUAGAGAAACUGAACCUGUCUUCUUGUGGUCUCACCUCCAGAUGUUGCUCAGUUCUCUCCUCAGCUCUUUCUUCUCCACACUCACAACUGACUGAACUGAACCUGAGAGGGAACAACAUGGAGGAUUCAGGAGUGGAUCAGCUGUGUGAGGGGCUGAGGAAUGAAAACUGCAAAAUAGAGAAACUGGACCUUUCUGAAUGUCGUCUCACCUCCCGAUGUUGCUCAUCUCUCUCCUCAGUCCUCUCUUCUCCACACUCACAGCUGACUGAACUGAAGCUGAGCAGAAACAAACUGGGAGAUUCAGGAGCUCAUCAGCUUUGUGAGGGUCUGCGGACCCCAAACUGUAAAUUAAAGACACUGAGCCUGUCUCAUUGUGGUCUCACCUCCAGAUGUUGCUCAGCUCUCUCCUCAGCUCUUUUUGCUCCACACUCACGACUGACUGAACUGAACCUGAGCGGCAAUAAGAACAUGGAGGAUUCAGGAGUGGAUCAGCUGUGUGAGGGGCUGACGAGUGAAAACUGCAAAUUAGAGAAACUGAGCCUGUCUGAUUGUGGUCUCACCUUCAGAUGUUGCUCAGCUCUCUCCUCAGCUCUUUCUUCUCCACACUCACGACUGACUGAACUGAACCUGAGCAAAAACAAUAACAUGAAGGAUUCAGGAGUGGAUCAGCUGUGUGAGGGGCUGAGGAGUGAAAAGUGCAAAUUAGAGAAACUGAGGUGAGUGUGUGUGUGUGUG